UGUUGACUAUCCUUCAAAGGAGACGAUCGAGAGAGAGAGAGUAGAGAAGACUAAUGUAUGAAUUCCACAAGUACGUUGAUUUCCAACUCUUUCAGGCGUCAUUAUUCGUGGCAUUGUCGAUAGCGAUUUGAGUUUUGAUUUCAAGAUUCCAUCUCGAUCGAAUGAUGUGAAUUAAGGGGAUUCAGAUUGCGGAUUGCGGAUUGCGGAAUCGUUCAAGGGUUUAGAAGCAUACCCGUGUUUGCUGCUUUCAUCCAACGUCUAGGGUUUAAUUUUUUUCAGGUAGUUAACGAAUGAAGGGUCCUCUGGAUCGAAAAAAGGUUGUGGUCCGGCAUUUGCCGCCGACAAUUACGCAGGACAAGUUCAUGGAGCAAGUGGACGUCCGCUUUGCUGGGCUUUACAACUGGGUUUCCUUCUUCCCUGGCAACAACAGCCUGAAGAGCCAGUCAAGUUCUAGAGCAUACUUUGAUUUUAAGAAGCCAGAGGAUGUUAUUGAUUUUUCUGAUUUCUUUAACGGGCAUAUUUUUGUUAACGAGAAAGGAACCCAGUUUAAGUGUGCAGUUGAGUACGCUCCAUCUCAACACAUUCCAAAGCAAUGGUCUAAGCAAGAUGGACGUGAAGGAUCAAUACACAAAGAUCCUGAAUUCAUUGAGUUCCUUGAAUUUAUUUCAAAACCUGUUGAGAAUCUUCCGAGUGCUGAGAUACAGUUGGAGCGAAGAGAAGCAGAACGAAGUGGUGCCGCAAAGGAGUCUCCUAUUAUCACUCCUCUAAUGGAUUUUAUACGCCAAAAAAGGGCUGCCAAGAGUGGAUCUCGGAGAUCUUUACCCAAUGGAAAAAUGCACAGGAAAGCUGCUGGACCAUCUUCAGCUUCAUCAAGACAUGGUUCGGACGGGAAAAAGUCUUCCACCAGCAAGUAUGUGCUGAAGGAUAAUGCAAAGAGCACAUGCAGGAGAGAUAAAGCAGCAUAUAUCCUGAUGCCCAAACGAGAUGACCAGGCGCAGUCGAACAAGGCUGUUAAUAUUGUUGCUGCAUCUGGAGAAGUUGCCGAACAGCUUAAGGGAACUUCAGGGGCUGGUGGGAAGAAAAAGAUCAUUCUGUUGAAGGGAAAAGAAAAAGAGAUUUAUCAUAGCGAUACAUCUGCAGUUAAAGAUUCACUUGGGCCAGCUACUGAUAAAUCCAAUCUGCAAAAUGAAGCUAAUGGGAGGAUAAUAAGAAGCAUACUUUUAAACAAAGAUGCAAGGCUAAGCACACCAAGUCAAUCACUUGAUCAGCAAAACCAGGACUCUAUUGUGGAUAGGGAUAGAAGGCCCCCUAGACCACAUACCAUACAAUCAUCUAUUGGAGCACACGAAGGAAAGAUUAUUGCUAGUGAUUUGCAUGGUUUCCCUAAUGAAAAGCAAGGGAAACGAAUGAGGAAUAGGGACAGACCUGAUCGUGGUGUUUGGACUCCUCUUCCACGUUCAGACGGAUCACAUGCUAGUGAUGGAUCUCUGCCAUCUGCUACUACCCGUUCAACAAAGUUGCAGUCAGAUUUUGGUGAAGGAUAUCACAGAGAAAUUAAGGCUGGUGUAUCAAGGGGUGAAGAGGGAAAAUAUGUUGGAAAUGGGAACAAUGGUCGUUAUUUGCUUGAUAAUGGAUCCCAUAAACAUAAUGGGCGUCGGGGUGUGGUACAUAAUGUUAAAGAUGCAGAUGCUGCCUCCAUUGUGAUUGAAGGGAAAGUUUUGAAACGUGGCGUUGCAUAUGGUCCUCAUGAGAAACAAGUAUGGGUUCAAAAAUCAGGUUCUGGUUCCUAAUGUCGUUUGAAGAUUGCAGUAUGGAGUCAGUUUCCAUAAUUUGGAGUGUACAUCUGGCUGCAACAGGAGUUCUUAUAACUGGAUUGUGUAACUGCUUUUGUACAAUGGAAGCAAAUAAAAGGGUACAGGUUUUGUCGAGACAUUUCCACUUUGCAGAAGUGAUUUGUGUAACUACUAGUCCUAUAAGUAAGAAAGAUAUACAGUACAGAUCCUACGUAAUGAAAUAUCAGAAUGGAGUGUGAUGGCUUUAUGGUGUCAUUUUAUCAUCAAGGUGCCCGCCCAUUGAAAGGUAGGGUUCGUCCUGCUGACAAAUACUAAAAUUGAAGACUGGAUGCCAUUGGCUCUGGGUCGGGUUUCCAGAUAUGUUGGUUUUUAGUCUGCUUCUUUUUUACUUAUUAAUGAACUUGUAAAUAUGAAGCAGGAAUUAUUAACACGCCUCGUCAUAGUAUAUUGAGUUUGGGUAGUAGUGUGUUUUGAAAUGCACUUUCUGUCUGGAAGGCAGGCCUCUUGGUUUAUUUAUUGGGUUGUCUCUCUAAUUAUGAUAUUUAUUAGGGCUGGAUGCUUAUUGGGAACAAUAUUAUAUGUUUUUAUGGCUGACUCUUGGAUGAAAGAAAAGCCAGAGUAAUAGGUAAAGCUUUGUUGUAUGAAGAGAUUGGGUUUUGGGUUUGGUGAAACUGAUGUUGCUUUUGUUCUU